AUGGCAGACGAGCCGCAGCAGCCGCCGCCGCCCGAGUCCCCCAGCGGCGGCCCGGCGGCGCCCUCGGCGGCGGCCCCAGCGCUGCCGACGCUGGUGCCCGGGCUGCAGGGGACCGAAGCCAGCGCGCUGCAGCACAAGAUCAAGAACUCCAUUUGCAAAACUGUACAAUCUAAAGUGGACUGCAUUUUGCAAGAAGUUGAGAAGUUUACAGAUUUACAGAAACUCUACCUCUACCUUCAACUGCCUUCUGGCCCCAGCAAUGGAGAGAAAAGUGACCAGCUGUCGGUGUCAUCCAGCCGCGCGCAGCAGGCGCACGCCUUCUCCUGGAUCCGGAACACCUUGGAGGAGCACCCGGAGACGUCCCUCCCGAAGCAGGAGGUGUAUGACGAGUACAAGAGCUACUGUGACAAUCUUGGCUACCAUCCUUUAAGUGCUGCUGAUUUUGGGAAGAUCAUGAAAAAUGUCUUUCCAAACAUGAAGGCUCGCCGCCUUGGCACAAGAGGCAAAUCCAAAUACUGCUAUAGUGGACUUCGGAAGAAAGCAUUUGUGCAGAUGCCGACGCUACCCAAUCUUGACUUCCAUAAAACUGGAGAUGGGCUGGAAGGGGCAGAGCCGUCGGGGCACCUCCAGAGUGCCGACGAAGAGGUGGUGUCAGCGGCCUGCCAGCUGGUCUGCGAAUGGGCCCAGAAAGUGCUCAGCCAGCCCUUCGACUCCGUCUUGGAUUUGGCGCGUUUCCUGGUCAAAAGCCACUACAUUGGCACAAAAUCCAUGGCAGCUUUAACUGUGAUGGCUGGUGCGCUCGCAGGAAUCAAAGGGGCGCCGCAGCCGUCCGCGUUCGUCCCCACGGCGGACAGCCACUCCUUCCAGCCUCAGGCAAAGACGCUGCCCUCCCCUGUCGAUGCCAAGCAGCAGCUGCAGCGCAAGAUCCACAAGAAGCAGCAGGAGCAGAAGCUCCAGUCGCCCCUGCCCGGGGAGGCUCCGGCCAAGAAGGCCGAGGGCGCCACGAGCCUCUCCAACGGGAACCCGGCCCUCCUCUCCCCUCAGCCCAUCGGCAUCGUGGUGGCUGCCGUCCAGAGCCCUGUGACGGUGCCAAGGACCCGGCAGCUGGUGACGUCGCCGAGUCCCGUGGGCACAUCGGACGGCAAAGUUCUCCCCCUCAACGUCCAGGUGGUCACGCAGCACAUGCAGUCGGUCAAGCAGUCGCCCAAGACUCCCCAGAGUGUUCCCGCCAGCCCGGUCGGAGACCGUUCCGCCCGGCACCGGUACCCGCAGAUCCUGCCCAAGCCGGCCAGCACCAGCGCGCUCACCAUCCGCUCCCCCACGACGGUGCUCUUCACCAGUAGCCCCAUCAAGACCGUGGUCCCCGCACAGCACAUGAAUGUCGUCAAGAUGACCGCGAUCUCGCUGGCCCCCAGCGGCGCCAGCAGCGCCCCCGUCAAGCAGACCGUUCCGGUGGCUGGCGCAGGGACUGCCGACGAGCUGCGGACGGCCCCGCAGAUCAAGAACGGCUCCGUGGUCUCCCUCCAGUCCCCUGGAUCCAAGGCGAGCGGCGGAGGAGGGCUGGCUCCUGCUGCGUCCUCGGUUGAAGUCAAAAUGGAGCCGGAGGCGGUGCUGGACGAGAGCCUCCAGCAGUGCCCCGGGAACCUGGACUCCUCCCGGGCCGUCAAGGCCACCCUGAACAUGCCUGCCGGCCAGCCAAAGCAAGGCGAGGCAGAGGCCUGGAAAGCUCCCGGCGGGGAGGCACCCAGAGAAGCCAAGUGCGCCCAGGGCUGCGAGCACCGGGCGGAGGAUGCCGGGAGGAAGUGCUUCGCCCUGCCUGGGGAGUCACAGCCAGGCCCUUCGUCAGAGGCAGACCCGAGCGCCCUCUCCCCAUCGGUUGUGGCCCAGGGCUUCUCUGGCAGCGCCGGCAGCAGCUCUCCCCCUGGCGGGGACAAACUGUGCACUAAAAGCCCGAGGAAGAGGCUGCCGUCAGCCUUUGCAGAUGCCCAGGGCCCGCCGGUCAAGAAGCCCUCAGUGGGGCAAGUCCCUGCAGGCAGCGUGGGCCCCCCAAAAGUGAGCGGUGGGAAGAAGGCCCAGCACAAGCUGGUGACACUGACCAAGGCCGAGGGCCCCACAGCCCUGAUGCAGGCGCCCGGUCAGGUCACGCUCCAGGUCCGGUCCGCUGUGCCCGCCAGCCUGGUGGCUGCCUGCAACCCGGAGGCCGACGUCCUCCUCAGCUCCAGCGACCCCGCCUUCGGGCAGCAGCUGGCUGCCUUGUCCCCCGACAUCCAGGUGAAGCUGGAGGGGAACGUGCUCGUCCUGGAAAGCCAUGCGAAGCUGGGCGGCGGCUUCAACCCCAGCAUGUGGCAGCAUCUCGCCAAGAGCUCAGACUUUGCCCCUGGGAAUGGCGAGGAGCAGCCGCAGCAGCAGGAGGAGCUUGGCGCCUUGGCCCUCGCCGGCCCCUCCGGCCCAGAGGACGUGCCCAAGUCUGCCUGGGAGCCCGUGCGCUUCGAGGCGGGGCUCCCGCAGCCGCAGCUGCAGCUGCAGCCACCAGAGCCCUCGCUGGAGCAGCAGCUCCAGGCCCAGGCGGCGCGUCAGGUGCCCCUGCAGCCGGAGCUCAAGGAGUUUGAGGAGGCGGUGGCCCAGUCCAACGAGAACUUCUUCUCCUUCGACGAUGACCUGACCCAGGACAGCAUCGUGGAGGAGCUGGUGCUGAUGGAGGAGCAGAUGUCACUGGGCGGUGCCCACCUGUAUGGCACCUCCCUGGGCAUGGCCCUGCAGGCCCCGGGCGCUGCACCGGGGCCGGCCACCCUGUCUGCCCACGCCGGCGGCACCCACUUCUACCACCCGAGGCACAACAGCAGCACCCCCGUCCACACGCCCACGCCCACCCCGACCCCCACGCCCACGCCCACCCCCACCUCCGAGAUCAUCGCAGGGCCCCAGGGCGUGUCGCGGGAGAGCCCCUGCUCCCGGAUGGCCCAGACCACGCCUGUCGACAGCGCGCUGGGCAGCAGCCGGCACACGCCCCUCGGCACACCCCACUCCAACUGCAGCAGCAGCAUCCCGCCCAGCCCCGUGGAGUGCCGGAACCCCUUUGCCUUCACCCCCAUCAGUGCCAGCAUGGCCUACCACGACGCCAGCGUGGUCUCCAGCAGCCCCGUGAAGCCCAUGCAGCGGCCCAUGGCCACCCACCCCGACAAGACCAAGCUGGAGUGGAUGAACGCCGGCUACGGUGGCGUGAGCAACCCGUCGGGAUCCGGCCACAGCAUCCUCCCGAGCUACCAGGAGCUGGUGGAGGACCGCUUCCGGAAGCCGCAUGCCUUCGCCGUUCCCGGCCAGUCUUACCAACCUCAGGCCAGGCAGCACGAGCCCCACUUUGGCCGGGUGACUCCCGUCUCCCCCAUUGGUGGCGGCAGCGGCGGCAACAAGCAAGAGGGGUUUGCCGUGCCGGCGCCUCUCGACAACAAAGGGGCAGGUGCUGGCCUCAACAGUACCUUCCGGUGCCGGAGCGUCAGCCCCGCGGUCCACCGCCAGCGCAAUCUCAGUGGCAGCACCGUGUGCCCUGUGGCGAACGCGCCACGCUCCAGCGCGGCGGCCACGACCCCGCCGUUUGGAAGCCCAGUCACUCCGGAGAUCCAGCACGCGUUCGCAACCCUCCACCCGGACCCGAGCGCCAACGCGCUCGCCCAGCGGAGCCAGUCUGUCCCGCUGACCGUCAUGAUGCAGACGGCUUUCCCGCCUCCGCAGAAGCAGGCCAACUCUAAAAAGAUAACGAAUGUCCUUCUGAACAAGCUGGAUUCAGACAACGAUGAUGCCGUGAGGGGCCUGGGAAUAAACAACAUGCCGUCCAAUUACACGGCCAGGAUGAACCUGACUCAGAUUCUAGAGACUCCCGCUGCGUUUUCGAGUGCCACCGCCCAGAACGUGCUCAACCCCAGUCCAUCAGUUUUUGAAUUCCAAACACCAAGUUACCUCACCAAGAAUAGCGGUGCCAAUCAGAUCCCUUUUGCUGCUGGAGACGACCAAGCACAAGCGGAGGCCGGGGAGCAGCUGGAUUUCACCAGCACUGUGAAAGAGCUCCUGGAGGGGAGCAGCCUGCAGGGCAGCCAGCAGCUGGUCAGCCAGGUGGCCACCGAUCUCAGCAACGUGGCCUCCUCGGUCUUCUCCAGCGACAUCCGGCUGACCUCCGAGCUCUCCGGCAGCAUCAGUGAUCUGAACACUCUGGACACAAACCUGCUAUUUGACCCCACUCACCAGCAGGGGCAAGAUGAUGCAGCCACACUGGAAGAACUGAAGAACGACCCCUUGUUCCAGCAGAUCUGCAAUGAAUCCAUCAACUCCAUGGCUUCAGCGGGUUUUGACUGGAUGGAGAGCAAGGACCACCCUGCUGUUGAAAUGUUGGGUUGACUCGUUUUUAUAAAUAUAUAUAAUAUGUAUGUAGCACACUGUAUCUGAAAGACAGACGUAUUGUAUUUGUCUUAAUGGAAGUGCCUCCUGCAGCAGAAACACUUGUGAUGACUUAAUUUUGGCAUUUUUAAACAAAUUUGUUCCACGAGCUGCUUUAUUCUUCAGCAGGGAAUAUACGAUCUUACCAAUUUUAAAGACAUUUCUGAAGGAUACAGCCUGAUUCAGAGCCAGUAUUAAAUUUUAAAAUGUUCUUACUGAGAAGCAUUCUCGCUGUAGUGAAAGAGACGUGGAUCGCUAGCCCCGGGGUGCCAGCCGUCUGGCCAGGCUAAGCUGUGUGCAGAAGGGUGAGCUGCUUGGGGGGUGGGGGCGAGUCUGUGGCCGUCCCCACUCCUUCCUGCCAACUCGGCUUCCGGGUGGCCUUCCCGGGCAUGCCGCGGGAGCGCCACUGCAGCGAGCGGGGGUGGUGUGUGGGCAUGCGCCCCAUGGCUAGGUCCAGAGGGCCACACGCAGGCCUCUUGGGCAGCUGGCACACCCCUUGCCCUCGCGCGUGUGCCAUGCUGGUUUUGCACCCGGGAACGGGCCGCAGGUGAAGUGGGCAGCCACUCCAGCACUGUGCCUGUGGACGCGGCUGGCUGUGCUGGUGGCGGGCUCCAGGUUGCCCCUUCCUGGAGAUCCUGGGCUCAGUCUCCUGCCCUGCUGGCUGCUGCUGGGAGAGACGUCGGGUGGCUUUGAAUUGGGGUGGCCAGAGAGCCUGGUGGGGGCCUGCCAGAGCCUGAGGUGACAGUGUGGGGAAAGACAGGUGUGGGCAUCCUCUACGUGUCAGCCAAUAAGGGGGCCAUUCUGAAGAGCUGAAAGGGGAGGGAGGAGCUGGGAGGAACUUUCAAGGCAAAAUGAACUGCUUUGCCCUUUUUUAGUAAUGUCUGUUCACAGUCUCUAAAAAGCAUCAGUUUUUUAAAUGUUGGUUUUAAUGUCCUUUAUUAGGGAAAAGUAAUUUUAAGCCCAGAGAUGUAAUAAACUUGCAUUCCAUUGCUUUGCAUGUCUACUUCUGUAGCGUUUGCAGGGAUGUAUUGCUUUUUUAUUGUGAAAAGGGACUUAGAAUAACUGGAAAGUAAGACUGAGGUUCCCCAGGAAAUCGUUUGGGUACAAAGAAAGCAGCUGCUUGUCCAGAGUGACGAUCUUUGCUGAAACUCUGGUGGAUAAUAUUUAAAGAUGACUUUUCAUAGCGCCAUAAUGGCUGCCAGGUGUGAAACAGACAUGCCCCCAGACAAGGGCACCACCUUCUAGCGGGCACUCCUGCGUAAGCCCCGUGGCGUGGCUGCUGGCACGGAGGCACUUGCCUGCCAUUUCUGGUGGCAUCUAUUGCAGGGAGAAUUGUGCUGGGGUGGGGCCUUCCGCAUUUGGCCUGCGAAGGGGGAAAGGGUUGCUGGGAGUUGCCCUGGCAACUGCGGGCAUCUGCUGGACUUGUGGGAAGCCCUGGCUGAGCAGGCUGAGCGCAAGGCUGCGGCUGUGCCGGGGAGGCCAGGAGCCACUGCCCCUUGUAGGCAGGUCUGAUCGCUUUUCAUCUCCAAAGGCAGAAGUUAGGCUUGAGGGCUGGGAUCUUGUUGGGGAGAGGGGCAGAGAGGGAGACUUGCAGAUGGCUGACCAGUCCAGGCAGGCCUUUGAAACUACGACAGUGAGAAAUUUUGGCCCAGAGGUGCAGCUGUAGGGCCUUGCCACUUUUCUAGAAGAGAGUUGGGGGCCAUGCUGGGAGCAGGACCCCAAGGUUGCUGUAGCUGCUGACACCCCCAGAACUAGAAUGCUGCUCUUCCCUUGCCUGUCUCAGGACUCCACGGAGGCAGGAAGUCCUUGAUUUUAGACUUGGAUGCACCAUGGAAAGGCCUCACAAGCAGAGCCAGUCCCAUGGAAGCGGGGGAGCAGGGAGAGGAUGCCUGCCGCGGAUCUUGCCCUUCCGGAGAUGUGGAGGAGGCGCCUCUGGUGCAGCUCCCUCUUGGGCAGGGCCAUGGAAGGGCCUGUGGGCCCCCCCACCACGGCAGCGGUGCCACCCACCAGCCAUGGUUUUUCAGAUGUCCGUAUUUACCAUGUGCAUUUUUAAAGAAUACAGCUAUGGCUAAGCUUUUAUGUUGCAAGUGUGUGUUUUUCCUGGAAAACUGCAAGGACUAGCUGGCCUCUCAGAAAGCCUGGACUGACGUGAGCAUUUCCAUUUGGCUGGUGGGGCAGCCCAGAGCUUCUGCUGCGCACCCUCCGCCCUGUGCUGAGGGAUGGGCAACGGCUGUUCGGCCACAGGUUCUGUCCGGGCAUGUCGAGAGGAACCGUGGCCUCUGGGGGGAAGUGGCGCUGGCGGGCGGGAUGCUGCUCCACCUGACACAGGUGCCCUGUGCCCCACAGGUGUCGUCUACUCCAACCCCAUUGCCCCACGCAUGGGCAGUGCAGUCGGGCAUCUCCGGAGGGCAACUCUGCCCAUGUGCUGUCUCUCCCAUGUCCUACAUAUACAGGUUCAGAUUUAAAUCAGUUGUAAAAGUGAAACUUGGAAGUUACCAUGUGAAAAGUCUUGUAGUUGGGGUUUUUGGCUUACUCCACAUUUUGAAACACCACUGCUGCAUUAGACCAUCACUGGUGGUUCUCUCUUCACUUCGUUUAGCAAUCUGCUGGGAAUACUCUGAUAAAGCAAAUUAAACUUGCCUGAGGGAGAAGACAGCUGAAAUCUUUCUGCACAGACUCGGUGGUGGUGGGGGAGGAUGGAGUUUUGUGUCCAGGUAGAUGCUUGUUUUGGAAUUUCCUCCAUGUCUUCGCCAUUCUACUGAGCCUUGUCUUGGCUCCAUUACUGGCGCUAGGAACAACUUUGUUCCCCUCCGCGCGAGGCCCUGCUUUACACCAAAGUAUGCAAUUCCCAGGGGAGAAUUUGUACAGCUUAGGCAUGAUGAUGACUGACAGGUCAGAAACCACAGCGAUAAUUCUGAUCCAGCGUUUACAUUCUGGGCUUCCUACACGGACAAGCCUUUCGUGGUGGAACUGUCUGAGCGUUGCUGUCUGGAAGGAAAGACCACUGAACUUGUACCUCAUGUUCCCCGUUGGUGAUAAUACGCUGGAUUUGGUUGGCUAGCCCAUUGAACUGUUCAGGGGUUGCACUAAAGUUUCUGUUGAACUGUGGCAGGCACAUUCCUUAGGAUAAAUGCAACCAAUACGGCCCACAGAUAAAAAAAGAAAACAUGACUACAGAAAACUUUUUAAUGUGUUUCAUUAUUAAAAGGCAAAGUGUCAUCUAAAUGACAAGUAACUUGUCUUAUAUAGCAAUGUGCAUUGAUCUCAAUGAGAUGAUUCUAUUCUUAUUCUCUUACGUGAGAAUAUUACAGCAGGAAAAAAUGUUUUGUUGCCUCACCAUGUUAAUACAUGAUCAUCCAGCGUGCAUGCGUGUUCUCUUGGCUUACCUUGUAUAGUGUUAGCUAGACCCUGUGACCCUCUUUCUUUGGUUUCUUUGCGCUGUGUCAGGCCUGGCUCUGCGUUAACCAGACGAGCGUUGCCGAAUCACCAGUUAGUUACUUUUUAUGUUUACUAAUUCUGCUUAGUUAUUGUUAAAUAUGUUCUUUUAUUGGAUUAUUUUUAUUGCUCUGGUGUUGGGGAAAAAACCCUUUGGCAUCCAAUUUUUUCAUGAGAAUUCAUGAAGUAAAGAAUUUGCAAAUAAUUACAAUAAGCACUGACUUUUGAACUGAAAAGAAGGAAAUUGUUUCUUGUGCAUCUGAAGUUUAUAUAAAGUCUUGUACUAUACUGUGCUUUCUAUAAGGAAAGAAAAAAACCACCCACCAUGUCCACUUUUUCAUCUAGUGCACAGUCAGACUUCCUCCAGUGUUUUGUUGUCUGUUGUACUGCUGAAAUGACAGUAGUUGGAUAUGGAAGUAGCAUUUCAGUUAAUUUUUUAUUGAAAGUGCUCAAAAUUUGUUUUUUUAAUGUUUUCAGAAACAAUAAAACAUUUUAUAU